GUCUGUAUCAGGAUGGGUCUAAACAACAUGGUGUAAAUGCAGUUGCUGGUGAGCCUCAUUUCCUGUAGGAGGUGAACAAGAGCAGAGAUCUGUUUCCCUUCAGAGCACAGAGGUUGUUUCUGUUCAGAGGAAGUCAAACUGUCUGACAGUCACUGAGAGACGGUGAAACGGCACAGCACAUGAAUCAAAUGGACCAAACAAAAUUCUGCUGUUCAGUCUGUUUGGAUCUACUGAAGGAUCCGGUGGCUAUUCCCUGUGGACACAGCUACUGCAUGAACUGUAUUAAAAGCUUCUGGGAUGAAGAGGAAAAGAAGAAAAUCUACAGCUGCCCUCAGUGCAGACAGACUUUCACAGCGAGGCCUGUCCUGGUGAAAAACACCAUGUUAGCAGAUUUAGUGGAGGAGCUGAAGAAGACUGGACUCCAAGCUGCUCCUGCUGAUCACUGCUAUGCUGGACCUGAAGAUGUGGCCUGUGAUGUCUGCACUGGAAGAAAAAUGAAAGCCUUCAAGUCCUGUUUGGUGUGUUUGGUUUCUUACUGUGAGAAACACCUUCAGCCUCAUUAUGAUGUGGUUCAAUUAAAGAAACACAAGCUGGUGGAGCCCUCCAAGAAGCUCCAGGAGAACAUCUGCUCUCGUCAUGAUGAGGUGAUGAAGAUGUUCUGCCGUACUGAUCAGCAGAGUAUCUGUUAUCUCUGCUCUGUGGAUGAACAUAAAGGCCACGACACAGUCUCAGCUGCAGCAGAAAGGACUGAGAGGCAGAGAGAGCUGGAGGUGAGUCGACAAAACAUCCAGCAGAGAAUCCAGGACAGAGAGAAAGAUGUGAAGCUGCUUCAACAGGAGGUGGAGGCCAUCAAUCAGUCUGCUGAUCAAACAGUGGAGCACAGUGAGAAGAUCUUCACUGAGCUGAUCCAGCUCAUCCAGAAAAGAAGCUCUGAUGUGAAGCAGCAGAUCAGAUCCCAGCAGGAAACUGAAGAUCUCACUCAAAUCUGAUGCAGAAAAUAUGAAACUAAUCUGAGAGAAUAACUGAAGCAGUUUUCCUCCUGAAGCAUCACAAAGUUCAGAGUUCAUGUUUAGAGCAGAAGAUUCAGCAGUCGCUCUGUGACCUUUCAACUUUCUUCACUAAAACAGCUUCAUUACAGAGAAACAAGUCACAUUUUCUUGAUGUUCUUAAGUCCUUUCAGAUGU